AUGAAUAUUAUUCAAAGCAAGGAAGCUAUUUUCAUAAUUCAAGAGAUGUGCUCUCGUAACUUACUUGAGAAAUUUGGCAUGACGAAUAGUUCAAAGUCGAAAAUACCGAUGGCAGUCGGCACACGGUUAGGUCCUUCGUUGGAUAAGCAUACUGUGGAUCUCACUUUGUACAGAAGCAUGAUAGGUUCUCUAUUAAACUUAAUUGCUAGUAGACAAGAUAUCAUGUUCGUUGUUUGUAAUUGUUCCAUUUAUCAAUCGAAUCCCAGAGAACCCCAUUUAAUAGGUGUGAAGAACAUAUUUCGAUAUCUUAAAGGAACUACGUCGUUAGGAUUGUGGUACCCUUUGAAGACUGAAUUUUUCUUACAAGCAUUUUCUGAUGCAGACCUUAGUGAGUGUCAACUAGACAGACAAAGCACAACUGGUGGGUGUCAACUUUUGGAUAGGAAGCUUGUAAGUUGGCCAUCAAAGAAACAAACAUGUGUUUCGAUUUCUAUAACAAAAGUAGAGUAUGUUGCUGCUGCAGCUUGCCCAUCUCAAGUCAUAUGGAUUCAAAUCCAACUUCAUGACUAUGCAAUCAAUAUGAAGAAGAUCCAUUUCUAG